UAUGCAGACGACCUCGCUUUCUUUUGCACGGACAAGCCCAGUAUCACAAAUGUGGUGUCUAAAAUAGAGGAAUUUGGAGCAAUUUCUGGUGCACGAAUGAACCGUGCUAAAAGUUUGGGGCUUUGGUUUGGCUCAUGGAUAUUUAAACCGACAUAUUUUGCUGGCAUUGAGUGGACUUGUCAACCACCAAAAUACCUGGGCGUUCCAUUGGAUGCAUAUAAGUCAAGUGCACAUUACUGGAGAGAACGUGUACCAACCCUAAGACGCUAUGCCCAAACAUUCGUUCCACAUAAUCUCUCAAUCUUUGGCAGAGCUAAAGCGUGCAACUUAUUUUUGGCAACAAAACUCUUCUAUGUGCUGCAAAUAAUUCAUUGUUCCAGGGUUUACAUACAGCAGUUUCACCGAAUAUUUGCAACCUUUAUUUGGUCAUCAUCUUAUGAGCCAAUGAGGCGUGAUAAUAUUUUCAGACCGGUUAGUGCAGGCGGUCUUGGCCUGGUUCACCUUUAUGUUAGACAAUUAGUGUCUCGUUUUGUCUUUUUUCGCGACUGUUCUCAUCCAUUACUUCGGGCAUUCUUGCAAGUUAAUCUCGUCAACGUUUUACCAAAUUUAGUAAUUUCGACAAAUUUUGCUUCACAUCCAUAUUUGCAGGGAUUCAUGCGUGAAGUGUGUCUCUCAGUGCGUUUUCUUGCAGUGAGGUUCUCAAAUGAGUACUUAUUCUCUAUCUCAAGGAAAAAUCUGUAUAAAGAUCUAAUUGAUAUGCUUUUUAAACCUCCGUUAUACCGAUCGCUGUACAUCGGCUUACCUGGAGAUGACGUCCUUACACGGGUCUGUAAAAUGCCUAUUCCUCCUCACACUAAAACAUUCUUCUUCAAAGUGCACACUGAAACGUUACCUGUUAAAACCUGGUUAAAUCGGAAAGGAAUCUUUGUAUCUUCGAUAAACUGUCGUCUCUGUAAUGUACCGGAAACCAUAGAACACUGUUUUAUUGAUUGCAAGGAUGCCAUAUUGUUUUGGGACGUUCUCCAAAGGACUUUAAAAAAGGAUUUUGAUAUAAAUGCUUAUACAAUACGAUAUCUGAUACAACCUCAAUGUGACGAUGUGCCUUUUGAUAUGCUCCUGCUUAUGGCGUUGCACAGUUUAUGGAAAACUCGCAUGCUAGAUCGGAAUGCAGAACCAAUUGUAUCUUCGAAGUCACAUUUCAUUCGGAUGAUUUCACAGCUGAAAGACUUUUAUGAUCAGAGAGACUCCCAACCAGACUGGUAUCCGUUGUUGUUGAAGUGUAUCCUUUUGCCUCCCUUUUAGAGAACUCUUACCGUAAUAAUUGUACUGUGAAGUGUUUGUUUUGUGCUUGUAGACGCGGCUGACUGUUUUGGCCGCUAUGGAAAUAUCUUACGUAUUCGUAAUAAAU